CCAAUACAACUCUACCUUCAAAUUCCAAAUAAAAUGUAAAACAUAUGGUCAAUGCAGGUGCUUAAUAAUAAAAGGAUAAAUUGGUGGACAAUUUAAGAGUUGGCAAUUCAAUUCCGAUUGAUUUUGUUUCGACGAAACCAAGGGGCGCAAUCAAGUUAUGGAGCAACUUCUAUCUUCUCUUGUGUUCAAUGGUUCUAUUAUAGAAGCCAUCACUAAAGCCAAGCAGCAGCAGAAGCUUUUUGUAGUUUUUGUUUCAGGUGACAAUAUGGAAUCAAACCAAUUGGAAACAUCAACUUGGCUGGACCCAAGGGUUGCUGAUUCUGUUUCAAAGUACUGCAUUUUGUUGCACAUCCUAGAAGGAAGUAUUGAUGCCAGAAACUUCUCAGCCUUGUAUCCACAGAAGGCCGUCCCUUGUAUUACAGCUAUCGGAUACAAUGGUGUUCAACUUUGGCAACAUGGGGGCUUUGUUUCUGCUGAUAAUCUUGCAUCUAGUCUUGAGAAGGCGUGGUUAAGUCUUCAUGUUCAGGAGACAACCGCUACUUUCUUGACUGCUGCACUUGCUUCAAAGAAAGAGCUUGUAUCUCAAGCUUCUUCUGUAACAUCUGAAGUAGGAAGCUCUUCAAGUGCUCAAAUUUCACCAGCUCAGGCGGGGACACAGAUACAAUCUCCAACGGCUACACCGUCUAAUAACUCUCAAAUAGUAGAGGGAGAGGACCAUGGACAUGCUGCUACAGAGAUAGAUUCCUCGGUGAUUGACAUGGCUUCUCAUGGAUCAGCAGAUGCUUUUGAAUCUAGAAUUGGUGAAUUCAAUGAGUCUACUGCUGCGAUCACAAUAGCAGAAAAGCCACUUGAUCUUGUAGAGGUAGAUUCAACCAAGACUAAAGAUGAAUGUUCAAUGUCAAAAGAGAAUCCUGGUUUGUGUGAUCAACAAUUGGAACCUAAUGAGGAAGCUCCCGGAGAUAUUGCCAAUAAAGCAAUGAAAGGUCCCGAGAUAAAUUUAGUUGAAGAUACAGCUGCUGAUAAAGCUGAUCUUUCAGAUGCUUCGUCUAAUACAUUUCACAAUGUUUAUUUAAACAUUAGAUUACCUGAUGGUUCAAGUUUACAAGUGAAGUCCCUCGUUAUGGAUACCUUAAGGAUGGUCAAGCACUACAUUGAUAAAAACCAAAUGAGCAGCCUUGGUUCUUACGAUCUAGCAGUUCCUUAUCCUCGCAAGGUUUUUGGUGAUGAAGAUCUAAGUAGAACAUUGUCAGACUUGGGUUUACGCAAUAGGCAAGCACUGAUAAUCGUUCCUCGUAACAAAGUGAAUAUUACAUCUUUGCAUGGUCAAAACAGUUCCGCUGAGAGUAGCCAUUCAGCGAGUGGAGGCGAUGAAGGCUAUUUUGCUAUGAUCAGAAGAUUCUUUUCGUAUGUAAAUCCUCUAUCUUAUCUGGGUGGAAAUUCUAACACAUCAAACACUGCUCAGGAUUCUCAAAAUAGCAUAUGGCAAUAUGGUCCAAACCCCACACCUCAAAAUAAUCAGACAGUGCGUGAGCCAUUCCAAACUCCUAUAACUACCACAACUAAUAACAGAGGUAGGAAGCCAGCUUCAUCCCGCUUUGGGAGCAACAUCCACACUCUGAAACAUGAUGAUGAGAAUCGGUUUGGUGACAAAAACACAUUCUGGAAUGGUAAUUCUACCCAGUUUGGAGGCGAUGACAAUGGUAAAUAAAAUUCCUGUGCACUUGCUUGUAUAUUGAUGGGUCUAUAAAUAGCACUGUGGCUACAGUUUAGUAUAUUCUUCCCGUUAAUCUUUGCAAUAAGUUCUGGAUUGAAGGUUGUUCCUUUUAUCUUUACAAUGUUUGGCUUAUCAUAAACUGCGGUUGCAAGAACCAGGUUUUCGGUUUCACGAUAAACCUGGAUUGAGGUCAUAUCCAAAGGUGAGUUUAGUA